ACGCUCCUCCCCCGUACAAAAUGCUCUCUCUCUCCGCGCUUGGCGACGAGGAGAGCGGGGCGGCCGCCGAGCGGAGGGCUUGACAGCGCCGCGUUGUUGACGUCCUCUCCCCCACCCCCACCCUCACACUGGAGUUAUUAUGCUCUCGCGAAAGAAGAGUAAAAGCGAGUCGUCGAAGCCGGCCGAGGUCCACGGGAAGUAUGUGAAGAAGGAGACGUCGCCGCUCCUCAGAAAUCUUAUGCCCUCGUUCAUCCGCCAUGGCCCCACCAUCCCCCGCCGCGCCGACGUGCCGAUGCCCGACAUGGUGCCUUCCGCCUACCCGGCGGCCCCCGGCCGGGAGCCAACUGUGUCCCGCAGCAAGAGCUUCCUGCGCGCCCCUGUGCCGCUUCCGCCGCAUGAGGCGGCCCGCCGCGAGAGCCAUCGCUUGUCCGCGCCGCCGUACCUGCCGCGCAGCCUGGGCGAGCUGCCGCACGAGUACGCCGGCUCGCUGCAGUCCUUCUUGACGGACGGCGGCCCCGUGUCGGAGAACGGGGACGCCGGAAGAUACUACUACCACCCCCAGGAGGCUUCCUAUUAUGACGGACGCCAGCCCCGGAGGAUGACUGAACGCUUCCCGGACGACUACCGCUACUAUGAGCACGGAGAACACAACUUCCAAAGACUGCAGCGGCAACACACCCCCCCCACACCCAGCAGACCCCCCUCAGGCAUAGGUCGAAUCCAGGCCAAGUCGCUGGGGAACCUCUCCAGCCUGACAGCAGAGGACCUGCCCCUCCCCACCGGCUGGACCGUGGACUGGACCAUUCGUGGCAGGAAGUACUACAUCGACCACAACACCAACACCACGCACUGGAGCCACCCGCUGGAGCGCGAGGGGCUCCCGCCGGGCUGGGAGAAAGUGGAGUCGGCCGAGUUUGGCGUCUAUUACGUGGACCACAUCAACAAGAGGGCGCAGUAUCGGCACCCUUGCGCUCCCAGCGUGCCCCGCUACGACCAGCCACCGCCUCUGCCGCCGCCACCUAUUACCUAUCAGCCGCAGCCCGCCGAGAGGAACCAGCCGGUGCUGGUGCCGGCCAACCCGUACCACACCGCCGAGAUCCCCAAUUGGCUGCAGGUUUAUGCCCGUGCCCCCCUCAAGUACGACCACAUCUUGAAGUGGGAGCUCUUCCAGCUGGCUGACCUGGACACGUACCAGGGCAUGCUGAAGCUGCUCUUCAUGAAGGAGCUGGAGCACAUCGUCAAGUCGUACGAGGCGUACCGCCAGGCGCUGCUCUCCGAAGUGGAGGCGCGCAAACAGCGGCAGCAGUGGUACGCCCAGCAGCCCCCCGGCAACAGCUUCAUGUGACCAAAACGCGCCACCCCCAUGCCCCUCUCCGCCCUGUGUGCCUUUGCUUUUUCAUCAAAAUAUAUCAACUAUAUAGAAAAUAUAUAUAUAUAUAUAUAUAUAUAUAUAUAUAUAUAUAUGUUGUUGUUUUUUUUUAUAUAAAUACACUUCUGGAAACACUCCGAUGAAGAAGCUAUGAUGUGGCAGGACUGGCAAAACAAUGUUGUGCCUUUUUAAACGGUGAACCAAAACGCCGACGUGGAGGAAGACGGGCAGCUUCUUCGGAUUCUUGGCCCUUUGUGCAGUUUAAAACAUUUUAUAAAGACAAUCCACCAAAACACGGGCGAUAUUUAAGUGUCGAUAAGGAACGCAUCUUUAUUUAAUUAAAGAUAAGCAUCACCUCGGAAAGAUAAGCUACUGGAACUUUUGGAAACACUUUCAUGUAAAAGACUUUAAAAAGAAGUUAUUUUUUGUCUUUUAUCAAGACUCUGUUAAGCCUGUUAUCUUUUUUUUUUAUUAUUAUUAUUUUUACGAUAUUCCGAAAUGUCUCAAAGCCAUAUGUUGCUGGUUGAACAGGACACUUUGCUACCAGCAGGAAAUUUUGAAAUAUCAUAUUUUAAUAUAUUAUUAUUAUAUCUAAAAAUGUGUAUGCAGGUUCCGCCCGUUCCUAUGGGGAUUUAGUAGGAUUUUGUACGAAAAGGAAACGAGCUGUAAUUAGUAGUUAAUGGAAAAGUAGUUUCAAUAAAUUAGAAUAUAGUGUAAAGCUUUAUUUCAGCAGUUCAAUUCAAAAAAAGUGAAACUCAAAAGGUUCACUACACACAGGGGGAAAUAUUUCAUGAUUAUAUUUAUUUUCAUAAUUUUGGUGAUUGUUGCUUUAAGCUCACAAAAACCCCAAAUUCACCAUCUCAAGGAAUUAUAGAAAUUAGGUGUGAAUUGACCCAUUUUCUUAAUCUAUAUAAUUGAGUUUCCACUUUUUGAAUCAAACUACUGAAAUUAUUUAACAUUUAUUCUAAUUUAUUGAGAGCUGGACCAGUACAUUGGCUUCAUCACCAUGAAUCCAAUAUGUUUUAGCUUGCGUUGAAACUAUACGCGUUAGUAACAUUACGAGAGAGCUCAAAUCAGGCCAAAAAUCAAAUCUUUUACUUCAAUUUUGAUAACGUCUCAUCGAUUAUUGUGUCAAAAGACGAUCAAUAGUUUGAACUGACCUUAGUAUUGGCUUGUGAUGGUUUUACAUUGUGGUGACCCAGGUGGGUCACCGCUCGUAAUAACAAGGCUUAACUUUUCGUACAGUUUCCUGAUACACCCACUAGAGAACGCACUAGCAGUUUGUGAACGUGUCGAAAGGAUGUUUGUAACUCAGAACGGUCUCCAUUUUGUGCGUUUUGCCACAAAAUACACUACAAUAACAACGAGGUGGAGUCCAAACGGAGUCAAGCUGCAGGUUAUGUACAACCUGGUGUAAUAAAACCUCAAGUCUGCUUUCUA